GGGAGAGAGAUAGAGAGAUAGAGAGAGAGAGAGAGAGAGAGAGGGGUGUUUUUCCAUGGAGCCGAGCGACAGAGCGAGCCGUGUUGACAGAGAUGUGACGGCUCCAAGAGUCGCGGUGGAAUGAUCCGGAAAACAAGGUUUCUAGCCAUCCCUCCAUCUCUGGUGCUUACUCCCAAACCACCGCCUUCGGCACCUCCCUCCAAGGUCAUCAAUGAACGACUCCCUCGACGUGGGAGAACUAAGACGGGUCACACUCUGUGGAGUGAAGACAGGCCCUGGAAAUCACCCUGGGAAGUGAGGGAUGAGAGAAAGAGGAGGUAAAAAAUAAAAAAGUCUUAGUGUGUGAAGAAAGAAGAAUGAAGCGGUAGGAGCCAGAUGAAUAAAUUAGAAGAGGAGCGACAGGGCUGUAUGAGAGAGGGUGGAGGGAGCAAGAGAAGGCAGGGUGGGAGGAGGUGAAGAUCGCCACCAGCUCCACGACUCUUAUUCUCCCUUGAUUGAACUGCUUGACAUAUAGACAGACGUCGAACACUGCCACAAGGAAAUUAUAGCAGGAAAGCCAUGAACAGGAUUUUGAGCAAAGUGGAUUCUUGGAUUUUUUUCAAAGCGAGGUCUCCAUUUCGGAAUACCACACCGGGAUUGAGCAAGUAAUUCUGGAUUUUCCAGGUUUUCUUCAUCUAUAGAAGCCUAAGAGGAUAUUGGGGGAUUGGAAUUUCUGCAACUCAGUUUUUUUUUUUUUACACUGACCCACAUCCGCCUCCUUUUGAUGUAUGUGGGGGCGCGUGUGUGUGGAGGGGAGUAGGACAGGUUUCAGCACAAACACACAAACCUCCCCUCCUUCUGGCCCAACACGAGGAGAACACCUGGGGCGAGAUCGCUGCUAAACACACACACACACACACACACACACACACACACACACCUGGAUAACAUGUGGAGCUGAUUUGGAUUAUAGAGCCGCACAGACGGAAAAGGUCUGUGGAUAGCCAGGCGUUCUACCAUGCCUGUCCCCCCAACCCUCAAUCCCUGCAGACAAAGACAACUGCCCCACUCACACACCCUCCCCGAACAAAGGGCACGGUGUUCCACCUUUCCCUCCCUUUUCCCUCCAUUCAUCCUCUCUCUCUCUCUCCUCACCCCACUUGUCGUCUCAUCUUUGCCAUCCUCAUCCCACCGCGUCCACUGCGCUUGCCCCAGGGCCGCGAAACGAACCCUUCUUGGCUUGGUUCCUUUCCCGGCAUUUCACUGGCUGACUCUGGUCACAUGCUGCCUGCUGCCUUCCCUGAUUGGAGCAGGGGAGACGUGGGGCGUGGUCUCGGCCUGUCCCUUUCACUGCGUGUGUCGAAACCUUUCAGAGUCGCUCAGCACACUCUGUGCCGACAAGGGACUUCUGUUCGUCCCGCCGCACGUUGACCGGCGUACCGUCGAGCUGCGACUGGCUGACAACUUCAUCACGGAGGUGGGCGGGAUUGACUUUGUCAACAUGAGUGGCUUGGUUGAUUUGACUCUGUCGAGGAACACCAUCCACCUGAUUCGACCAAUGGCCUUUGCUGACCUGGAGAGUUUGCGCUCCCUGCACCUGGAUGGGAAUCGCCUGACAAUACUUGGACCCAGGGACCUCGCAGGUCUGGUCAAUCUGCAGCAUUUGAUCGUCAACAACAACCAGCUGAUAAAAGUCUCUGUCCAGGCCUUUGAUGACUUCCUGCUCACACUGGAAGACCUCGACAUGUCCUACAACAACCUCAGGAGGGUCCCAUGGGAGUCCAUUCAAAACAUGGCCAGUUUGCACACUUUGAACUUGGAUCAUAACCUGAUUGACCACAUAGCGGAAGGCGUCUUCGGAGAGCUGUAUAAGCUGGCGAGACUGGAUAUGACCUCCAACAGGCUCCGGACGCUGCCUCCUGAUCCACUCUUUGCAAGGUCCCAAACUGGUGCAAUCAGUCCCACCCCCUACAAUGCUGUCAUAAGUCUAAAUUUUGGGGGCAACCCGCUGCACUGCAACUGCGAGCUGCUAUGGUUACGGCGGCUUAUCCGUGGAGACGACAUGGAGACAUGUGCCACACCUGCUCACCUGGCCGCAAGGUAUUUCUGGUCCAUUCCUGAAGAGGAGUUUACAUGUGAGCCACCUCUCAUCACCCGUCACACCCACAAGCUGUGGGUCCUGGAGGGUCAGCGAGCCACACUAAAGUGCCGUGCCAUCGGUGACCCUGAGCCAGUAGUCCACUGGGUUUCCCCAGACGACCGCAUCAUUGCAAACACAUCCCGGACCAGUUCCUUCAGUAAUGGGACCUUGGAUAUCUUAGUAACAGUUGCCCGGGACGACGGAGCAUACACCUGUAUUGCAAUAAAUGCAGCAGGCGAAGCCACUGCUACUGUGGACCUGAAAAUAAUCCCCCUGCCUCACCGGGGAGGAGUAGGUGGAAACACAGGGAAUAACAACGUGAACACCAAGAACAACAGGAACGUGACCAAUGGGAUUUUACGGACUGAUCCGGGAUCCUCGGAUAUCAGUACAGGGAAAAAUGGAGGGAUUAACAAUGGCGUAGGACGUGGAGGCGAGGUGGAGAAUGGAAGAAGAGGUGGAGGGGAGGAUGAAGACGGUGACGGCGGCAGGGCCACCGAAGGAGAGCGAGCUGAUGGUGGGAGCAUGGAGGAUGACGAGGGAGACGAGGAGGAAGGGAGGAUGGUUGGAGUACAAGGGGUUACGUCAACCUCAGCUCAGGUCCGGUGGGAUUUGGGGAGUUUGUCUGCAGCUUACGUUGUCUGGAUGUAUCAGAUACAGUACAACUGCACUGCCGAUGAUACCCUCAUCUACAGAAUUCUACCUUCGACCAGUGAUCGUUUCCUGUUGAAGAACUUGGUUUCCGGUGUGGACUAUAACUUGUGUGUGCUGGCCAUUUUUGAUGACACAAUCACAUCAUUAGCAGCAACAAAAGUUCUGGGCUGCACCACAUUCUCCACCAAGGAUGUUUACCCAGCAUGCCGCUCACUCCAAGCCCACUUCCUGGGCGGGACACUUACCAUCUUGGUUGGCGGUGUUGUUGUGGUCACCUUACUCGUGUUCACCGUGGCGCUCAUGGUUCGCCACCGUGUUUGCAAUCAUGGCGACCACAUGAUAUGCCACAGCAGCAACACUGAGGCAGGAGGUGGGGCAUGCUGUCAAGGUGGAGGAAUAGGGGGCGGGGAGAAAGGGGGAAACGGUAGUGGGUGCUACCAAUCGAAUGGGUCUGGGGACAUGAUGAUGGUGGUCCUACCCAAUGGUCUUCCUUCCAAAAGAGGAGGGGAGAAGGACAAGGAAAAGGACAAGGAAGCAGCAGAUUCUGCUUCCUCUAUGCCUCCAAAACUUCCCCCAAAGCCCAGGCCCAAGCCGAAAGUCAACCUGGAGCAGUUUCUUUCAGCUGGGGGAGUAGUUUCCACAACAACAGGCGCAGGAAGUGAGAUGGCAUUGGUGGUGAGGCAGAGGAAGCUGGAGAAGGCACCGCCCUACACACCUGAAAGUGACAGAACUCCCCUCUACUACUCCCCUUCCCCUCCAUCCACCCUUCCCCGUCAGUCACGCUCCAGGGACCACCCAAAACCCCGUCUGGAGCGAGAACUGACCACUCGUGCCAGCUUCUCUCUGGCUGCACCCCUGAGAGACUCAGAGCUGUUGGACUGGAGGAUUAUGCCCAGAGGCAGAGACAAAUGGAACUCCUCACAGGCUUAUCAGAGUCCUGUAUCCCCUCUAAGUCCUGCCUGUGGGACUGUUAGCAAACGGCGGCACUCGUUGGAUAUGGGCUCGUCUGUUGCUCUAGCAACAGAUGCUGCGGCGACUGUUGCCAAGCACUAUGGUGCUGUCAGUUAUGCCAAGCGACUGAGCGUGAUCUGGACAAGGCGGAGCCAGUCGCUUCAUGGAAUGCUGGUGCAGUGUGCCUCGACAACAAGCACUGCAUCUUCAACAACCAGUGACGAGGGAGAAGCUGGUGGGGGCUUUGGGGCACGCUGCCAGUUCCAACGAGGAUACAUCCAUGCUUAUAACACCACCAACUCCAACUCUAACAGUGGGACCACUACUGGGAAGGCCAGCAGUGUAAAAGAGAGAGGGAGGGAAAGAGGAAAGGAGGGAAAGAAUGCUGAAGAACUGGAGGAAAGUGUGGUGUAGGGAGUAAAAGGUUAAGAGGGAUAAAGGGUUCUGUGAGAGGACAGACUGAAUGGAAACUUGAUUUGAGGAGAGUAAAGAGGUAAGGCAGGGAAGAUGAAGUGGUUGCAGAUGAGGAAACGAAGGUUGGGAUUUCAGAGAGAGGGAGAAGUGUGAAACUGACAAGACUCACUUUGGCAGCUCCUUGAUUUGACUGGGGAGAAGUCAAGAAAAGUAGAGAGGGGAGGGGAAGUGUAUCUUGAAGUGAGCUUCAUAGCUGGCCUGAAGAGUGAUGGGAGGAAAAAUAAGUAAGACGAGAGAUGCAACAGGAAGAAGGGAGAAAAGUAAUGUGCAGCAGGUGUAGAAUUGGCAAGACUGAGCUCAAGCUAUAUCGUAGAAAAACAGAAACAAUUGACUGACUCAAGAUCGAAAAAUAAAAUGGAAACACCAAAACAAAACUCAAAGGCAAAGAGAGUGACAGUGAGACAAGGCAAUGGGAGUGGAGAGAGAGAGAGAGAGAGAGAGAGAGAGACGGAAGCAAAGAGGGGAAAUAUCAAAAGAACAACAAUAUGAAGGUUAUACAGCAGAGACAGAGGUGGGAGCUCAGUGUGGUUUCUCAGUAAAGCCUAUAAACUAAUAGAACCAGACUCCUGUUAACACUUCGACUCUCCAGGGCCACACCGCUCACAACACCACAAGGGUUUACACUGGAUCAAAAAAACUCCAACACAACUGGAAAUAUUGGAGAAUGACUUUUCUCUGCCAAAAAUACAAGAGUAAAAAAUAAAUAAAGACUCCAAUGACAUAGUCCAGCUUUGUCAUGUUAUUUUCCUUUUUGCUCCAACACUGAUGGCCAUUCAGAAACACUUCUCCAAAAUACAAUGAAUGUGACUUUUAUCUGUCCUCUGUGGCUGGACAAUGAUUUUGGCUCGCCAUGCCCGUGGAUUAUGGGGGCAUAAAUACAGAGCCGGGUGCAUUGGACAUGAUCAAUCGAUAUGGGCUGGAAAGAGCGAGAGGAGCACAGACAUUAUUAAAGGAAAAGGCAUUGGGAUUACAAUGGAGUCGAUAUGGAUUACAAAAUGGAAGAGGCAGGCCUGUAUGAUGGAACAUGUAUGCAUGUGCAUUCCUGAAAGACAAGAUCAAAUUGGAUCUCCAAACAACUGAAUAAUGCUAAUGAAUGCAUACGUGUGCAUGCACUGACGGAUCAGGGACAUGUGUGCCUGUGUGUGUGUGUAUUUGUGUGCGCACAUGUAUUUGAAUGUUUGUUAGGGGGGAAUCAAUGAGACCCUUAAAAAGGUUCAAUUAUUUCUGGACAUGCUGUAAAAGGACUAAAUCUGAAAAUGUGAGAAUAGAGGUGAAGUAGAGUAAAAUUGAAAAGAUAAUUUCACCAUUUCCAGCAUUGAGGCAUGGUCAGGAAGCAGCAACCAUUAAGGGGGAGUCCAAAUUAAAUUUUUUUGGGACUUCAGGCUCCUUUGUGCCACACGGGUUCACUUUAAAUCCAAACAGUGAAUGUUUUCAGAAAGGAACUGCUUUAAAAAACAUGAAGCAACUAAGGAUAUAAACUCUUCAUUGGAAGACUUAUACUGGAGCGACUGAUCCACUGGAACAGACAACAGAGACUCUUCAAAACAUCUUUCCAUGAGACAAAAAAAUUAAAAGAAAAAACGUGAAAGUACAUAUAUAUAUAUAGUAUACAUAUAUAUAUAUAUAAAAUGAUGUUACUUGUCGCACCAUGUGUUUCUGUUUUUUGGGGAAUGAUGUUAGCAUCAAAUACAAAAUAUGUGUGAUUUUUUGGUUUUGAACAAAAAAUCUUCAUGAUUAGAACAGAAAAUGUUGAUUAUGACUAGGCAGAACAUUUAAGGUCAAAGCAGAUAGUGAAUUAGCACACACACACAAAGCACAAAACACACAAACUGGCAAGCACGCACACACACACACACACACCUAGAAAUACAGACAUUAAGAGAUGCCUACAAAUCAGAGCCAAUUACAUUCAUGAUAAUGACUUUUAACCAUUACUGUUGUUUCCUUUCUGUUUUUAUUUCAUUCUUGCCAAAGUCAAUGUUGUUCGCUGGACUUGAUAUAAAUAAUAAAAAUGACACGUAUGAAACAGCCAGACUCAUUAACACAAGGGACUAAGUUGUGUGUCGUGUUUGUGUGCAUGUGGGUGUACAGAUGUAUAACUGCACGUAACUGCAUUUUGCUCACAGCAUAUACUGUGAGUACAACAUUAUUUGUCAUGUGUCAUCUGUAUUCUACAACAUUGCCAAGUGCCAACAUUUUAAGACCAGUCAGUGCAAUUUAAAGCAGCUCUACUUUCCAUCUGCUUGAAAUAGAUGAAUAAAAACAAAUCAGUUGUU